CAUCAUUAGUGAGUGUAUGAUAGCCCCUGAACUUGAAGAUGUUGUCGACGUUAUGCACGCAUGCGCAAAGAUUGGCGGUCAAGAAGGUUAUACACCGGAACAGCGAUACCUAGUCUGGCGGGCUGUCAUUUUAGACGAGGCACUGGAAUUUGUAAAGGCUACGAUUGAACAUAGUGAAGGAAGCUACAGAAGAAUAUUAGACAUUGGGUGUGGCCAAGGAGAUUUUACCAUCAGAUUGGCAGAGGAAUUUGCAACAAAAUCUGUGCACGGUUGUGAUGUAUCCCCAAUCAACACACAACGCUGUAUCGAUAAAUCGUUUGAUGUACAUAACACUGCAUUCUUUACUGUUCCGAAUAUUGCCGAAUUGCCACCGAGCUGGAGCACGGUGUAUGACGUAGUUGCCGUAUUCCAACCAGUCCCUCACGGCAGCACAAAUACCAGAGAAGUUAUUUUGGAAGCAGCGAGAAUAUUACAAGAUGACGGUUUCAUCAUCUACAUCGAACAGGAAGUUAGUAUCAACCCAUCUGACAAAAGGUUUCCUGAGUCUGCGUACGACCUUGCCGUGUCGUAUUGGUACUGUUUACCAAGCGGGCUGCCGAGUGUUCCUAAGAACGAGUAUCUGGUAGAAAACACCGAGAACUUCUUAAGUGACUGCGGGCUGCGUGUACAAAGUCAUCACGUGUUACAUUGUAGCAUAUGGAACCAUGCCUUCGUUUGUAUCAAGAAAUGACUAAAUUUGAUAACGAUUUUGGUCAAUAUCAGAGUUUUGAUAGGUCACUAAGCUGUGGACUUAUCUGAGGUCAAGUAACAUUUAACAGUGUUCUUUAGCUUAUUUUAUCAAAAACACAUCAUUAACGAUAAACAUAUUUAUAGUAAUAAUGUUUUAUUGGUCGUUCUUUCCUAUUCAUACAUAAAUCAGGUAACAUAAAUUAAAAAACAGCUUUUGUCAUACUGAAGGUAAAUAAGAUAUUCGUUUUGGUCAACUUGCCAGGUUGCAGUU